AUGACAAAUAGGUUAUCGACUCCCAAACGCCAGGAACUCCUACUGAACAUCGAUCCGUUUCUUAAUCAAUCAGCUAUUAUAUGGCAAAAUUGGAAACUAAUUUACGAACACCAGUUAGUCGGUAACAACUGGUACGUACCGCCGGUCAAUAUAACAAAUCAAACCUCUAGUCAACUAUUGAAAUAUACGGAUCGUCUGAAUAGUAGCUCAUAUCGAGUACUGCGACAAUUGAAUAGACAACCAAACUAUUCAGUAUUGAAACAGUCGACCAUCAGGUGUGGCCGAAAACCGUCCGAUGCCCUAACCAAUUGUCGACCGGGCGAUCUAUGUUUGUAUAACAUACUGGACGAUCCGUGCGAGUAUAGUAACCGGGCUCAGGAUAGUCCAAAUGUUGUCAACUUUCUAUGGAAUAGACUUAAGAGUUACAAUAGGACUACUGUUCCUCCAUUGACUGUCGGACCCACUGAUGACAACAGUAAUCCUAAAUAUUUUAAAAAUGUUUGGAGUUGUUGGCAGGAUAUAUGA